CCAAGUUGCGUCUUGCUGCCUGUGCAGCUUCACACAUUGCUGCCUCCAUCUCGGGCAGGAAGGUCCGCGGAGGUCAACACGGGCCGGCGAGGGGCCAUGCUGGAAACAGAGGGGCAGUAGGACCGAGGGGCACCCUGCACCUGAGCACAGAGGGGCCUGGCCAGGGCCCAGAGGGCCAUGGAGAGCUUCAUGGAGUCCCUAAACAGGCUGAAGGACAUCCAUGAGAAGGAGGUCCUGGGCCCAGAAGGAAGUAAUGCCUCAGAGCCCAGAGCAUCCACGUGGCCAGGUGCCCAGCCUCAGAUCAGCACCCCAAGCCUGCAGAACAAGCUUCUGGAACUGAACUCAGAGCGGUGCCGGGAUGCCCAAAGGGUAGAGGAGCUCUGUGCCAAGAACCACCAGCUCAGGGAGCAGCAGAAGGCUCUGAAAGACAAUGUGCGGGUGCUGGAGAACAGGCUGCGGGCCGGCCUGUGCGACCGCUGCACUGUCACCCAGGAGCUGGCCAGGAAGAAGCAGCAGGAGUUCGAGAGCUCCCUCCUCCAGAACCUGCAGCACCUCUUCAUCCUCACCAAUGAGAUGACCCGACUGCAGGAGGAAAAUGAGACCUUGAAGGAAGAGGUGGCCCGGCUUCGGGGCCUGGGACCCAAGCCCCAGUGCAGGGAGAGCUCCUCGGACCCCUCCUCACCCCCCCUGCUCAUCUCCCCGGGCCCCUGGAAGGCCAGCACCGAGAAGCUGCCAGAAGGCCACGAGGAGGCCGAGGACCACCCCCUAGAUGCCAGUCCACGGGGAGAAGAAAAGCUGGAGCACAGGAUGUCUCCAGUGGCCAAAAUCUCCCCGGGUGCCAACCUGCCUGAGCCACGGGCCUCAGACAUGAGCCCCCAGCAUAUCUCCAACCAGCUGCACGGGACCAUUGCCGUGGUGCGGCCGGGGGCCUGGGCCUGCUCCGCUGACCGGGGCUCCACCAAUGGGACGCCCUCUGCCCAGAGCAGCCCACCCAGCCCGCCUUACGAGCACAGCCUCUCCCUGGACAGCUUCCUGCGGGCCUCUCAGGCCUCCGCCAGGCCCCACAAGUCCCUGAAGCACGCCCUCCAGACUGACCGCCUCUGCCUCCUGAAUCGCCCUCUGUCCCUGCACCUUCGGAGCCCCCAAAGCAGCCCCCGGGCCCCCGUCGCAGCCCCUGGCGGUCCCCAGCUCCAGAUCCUGAAGGCCAGAGAGGCAGAGGCCUGGGAGGUGCCCUCAGGGCUACUGGGCCCACCGGGCACCCGGGUGGACAUGCGGGAUCCUCGGCUGGAGGGAGCACUGAGCCUGCUCCUGGCCCAGCAGCUACAGGCACGAAGACAGGCUGGCGGUGCCAGGAUGAGAGGGCCUCCCAGGCCAGGGGAGACACCGCCCUCCCCUCCAAUCUGUUCCGACUCUGAGGGGUCAGAGGGCGAGGUGGCCGGGGCAGCCCUGCCCAGGAGGCAGCACCAGCAGCCCACAGGCCCAGGCAGCCCCAGGGGACAGGAGGCCACAGCCACAGAGGACCUUGUUCCAGACAAGCCCCUGGACCUCUCUGAGUGGGGGCGGGGCCGGGAUGGCCCCAAGCCCGUGGGCCGGCCAAGGAGGUUCAGCCCCAAAACUGCCCACACUCCCAGCCCUGAGCCGCCCCAGGGAGCCAAGCCACUUGCCCAGUCUGGACCUUGGGGGCGAAGCAAUGGCACCAAGGGGGCCAGAGCACCAGGGCCAGAAGCGGCCCCCCCGCCCAAGGACUCCCCACAUCCUCUCCCAGAGCCCCAGCCUAGCCUGCCAUCUCCAGGCAGGACAGGAGAUGAGUCCAGAGAGAGGCCAAAACCGUCCCCCCACCCACAGAGUCCUGAUGCCAAUGGCCUCCCAGUUUCCUCAUCUGCAGAGUUGUUGCCACUCAUCCUGGUCUGGCAGGCUAGAACAAGCCCUGCUUCCACCAGACUCCCGGGCCACCAGCCUGGCCUGACCCACGCCCUGCACCCCGCAGAGCUCAGCAAGGCCCAGGCACAGCGACCGCUGUCAGACAAGCUGGAUGAGCCAGACGCCUCGGACAGUGAGGUGGGCCUGAGCCCGGAGGCGGGGGCCACAUCCAGCACCCCGGGGGAGGGGCCCAGGUGCUUCUGCACCAAGGAGCCCGGGCAGGGCCUGCAGCAGAAGAGGAAGUGGGUCCAGUCCUCUGACCUGUGGGACAAAGCCUCCAAGAAGCUGUCCUGAAGGAGAAGGACCCCCAGGGGAGCCCCUGACGCCAGCUGAAAGGCCCAGGAGCCCAAGACCCCAAGGAUGACGGCCCCUCACCCAGCAACAGCAUCUGGGAGGAGUCCUAUUGCGCUCUGCCCGCCGAGGCCAGGACAGCCCACACCACC